AGUAAUUAUCUAUCAUAAAUGCCAGUUUGAAGUCAAAUUAUCCUCAAUUGUGGUCAAAUUCGAAAUAACUUCCUCUUCAAAUUCAAUGCUCACCACAAAACCAAUGGAAAUCAGAAUGUUACUCCGUGUUUUCAUAAUGCAUAAGUGAAAAUUAACGUGUGCGAUAUACUACCCAAAUGUGAAACUGAAAAAGGUCAUCAUCAUCAUCAUUGAAAAAUGUUUCCAAUAAAUGUAUACGUAAUGAUAAAAGGGUGUAUCAGAGCAUGUCUGAUCAUAGUGAACCAUGUCUAUUUUCUGACGUAUUUAAUUUGGGUCCUUAUAUUAUAUCCCUUGCGAAUUUUUGGCUGCAGUGGUCUAUUCAACAAAAUCGAAGGUGAAAUGAUGCUUGGAUUAAUAAAGAUGAUAACAAUGUGGAAUGAAUGGGCUGGAUAUGAAGUUUUGGAGGCAGGUGAUGAUAUAACUCCCUGUUUGGAAGAAAGAUCUUUAGUGCUGGUAAAUCAUCAAUCACCCGGUGAUGUAAUUAUACUUUUUAGUGCUUUCAUCGGUUGGCACCAAAUUCUGCCGAAUGUAAUGUGGAUAAUGGACCAUUUUAUCAAAUACUCCACUGUUGGAAUAGUGUCUUCAAUUCGGAAAGAUUUCUUCAUAUUUCAGGGCAGAGCGAUGAGGAAUGAAUCUUUGAAAGCAUUAGCUGAACAUAUUAGGAACUUCUACCUGCCAUUGAAGAGGAAGUGGUUGAUACUAUUUCCAGAAGGGGGACUAUUGUGUAAGAGGAAAAAAAACUCCCAAAAAUAUGGAAAAUUAAAUAAUUUGCCACAUUUGGAAUUAGUAACGAUACCAAGAGUGGGAGCGCUAAAAGUGAUCAUGAAUGAGUUGAAAGGUGAAGUACCAGACUCUUCUCUUAUCGGGAACCACGAAGUUACUCAUGAAUUGAAAUAUAUACUUGACGUCACCAUUGGCUACCCCAAAGGAAAACCUCUUAGUCUUCUGAGCAUAAUUUUUGGUGAUGCUCCACCAUGCAAAAUAGUUAUUUACUACCGACUUUUUCCCAUCGAUGAAAUACCUCUAGAUGAUGAGGUAAUGAAGGAAUGGUUAUUAUCAAAAUGGGUGGAAAAGGAGAAAUUAUUGGCGGAGUUUUAUGAUACUGGAGAGUUUCCACUAAAACCUAAUUCUGUGGCUCCAAGACCCAUAAUACCAGGUUAUACAGCAAUCAAUUGCAGUAAUUCUGCCAAAAAAAGCUUUUUAAUUAAGCAUUUCCCUAAGGAUCAUUUGAGGAGAAAACAGUGGAUGAUUAAUAUGAAUAGACAUAAUUGGAGGCCUACUGAUUACUCUUGUUUUUGGGAAAAGCAUGGAAAAAAAAGAGUAGAUCGCAAGAGGGCUUCGAAACCUACUGCAAUUCCCACAAUUUUUGCUCAUAAAGAGAGAAACCGAUUUCUCUAAAAAAUGACAGAUUAUACGUCAUAUGAUUCUGAAUAUGAUACUGCUGCUCAAACAAAUAAAUUGAACUUCUCCACAAAUACUCACUUGGUCGUGGACGACGCACUUGAAUCUUCAAUUUCUUAAAGCUUAUGCAAAGUGCUCAAAACAAUAAACGAUAGUCUUGAGGAAGUCGAAAUAUAUUAGAGUUGUUAUUGCUUAGUCCUCAACCAGUGAAUAU